AUUCCAACGGGAGCUCCAACGUCGCGAGCUGAUGGCUCGAGGCAGACUGAGUGAUGAUGCCUUCAGGUUCCGCUCGGAGUAACUCCCAUCUCAGGAAAGACAAAGACAUCCUGGGUGUCAUGUGAGGAAGUGCACUUUACACUCUGCCGGAGGAGAGCAACGAUCCAGCAGCAUGAGCUAAUGCCUGGAAGGAGAAAAUGUUCACGUUUGGAGGAAUAAGGUCUGGAAUGUUAACCAGCUGGUUAACCAUCACUGUCAUCCUGUCCGCCUCAGCAAAUCCGAGGAGAGGCGCUCUGACUGUUGCCCCCACCUGCAGGAUAAGAGGCCGCCCAGACGCAGAGCUGACGUUAAACUGUGGCGAUGGGAAGAAAACCGGUAGAGUCCAGCGUUGGCACACCCCCUUUGGAGGCCUGCAAACCCCUGAAGUCCACACUGAACGGGUCCCGGUCUUUAUGAACCAGGAUGGGAGUCUGGUCAUCCCCAACUCCAGCGCCCUCCACAGUGGCCUGUACUACUGCCUCCUGCAGCACACAGAGGGAACUGCGCUGUGGCCCUAUGACCUCCGUUUCGACCCCGAACUAGCAGACAGUGAGCAAGGCAGCAGCUGUGCUGCCCUCAGAGAAAGGAGGAGCCCGGCCUUUGCAGAGGAGGCGCAGGUCUCCAAGAGUGUUUUUGCAGGAGCGGUAUCCGCCUCCGUGGUUCUCACGUUUGUGCUGGGCUUCAGUGCUGGAGCUCUGAACAGGAACGGGGUCCUCAGGUGCUUACAGGCAGCAUCAGGGAGACUGGGUUCAUGCAGGAAAAGACACAGCAGAGACGACUCACAUCUCGACAUGUCAACCAUCCCGCCCACGUGUGAAGAUGAGGCAGACGGCGGCUCUGCAAACCCUGACAUGGACCAAACCACCUCUUCAACAAACUCGCCUCCUCCUCCUGCCAAACCUCGAAGAAGCUUCCAGCGCCAUAUGGACCAGGAGAAGGCAGGCGCUACUUACUUAGAGGGGUGUGACGACAUUAAUGUGAAGAACAAGAGGGCAGAAAGAAGUGUGGAGGAAAUAGAGGAGAAUGAUGACGAGGAGGAAGAUCUUGCUGGGUCCUGCCCAUCAGAAGAUGGUGGGAGCAUAAGUGGAGCGGAUGAGCAAGAGGAGGUCAGUGAUGGACAGAGCCAGGAGGAGAUGGAUGGAGGUCCAGGAGAGGAGGUGUCAGAUGAUGCUGCACAUGACAGAUGGGGGGAGGACAGCGCACACAAAGGCGAGGAGACCAAAGCGGGUGGAGAGUCGGAGCGCUCCUGCACAGCAUCAGAAGAUGAAAGCAGCGGGAAAAAUGAGGAGACGACAGAAGAGGCGUCUGCUCGCCGCCGCGUCAUCCGUUUGUACCAAUAUGAUGACAGCGGCCAAAGGUACGGCCACCUUCCAGACAGCACAUGUGAUGACGCAGGCCCCGCCCCCAGGCCCAAACAACGCUCUCUGUCUCUAACGCGCCUCAACGCCAUCAUGGCUGCGGCGUCGGUCGGACCGCUGCACCACAGCGAAGACACGCCACGUCUCCAAAUGGACAUCUGACGGAGAGAACUGUCCUGUUCCUGAAAUACUCCCCGUAAUGGGAUUACUUUUGCACUUUAUGUAAUAAACACUUUGUGCACGCAUUGUGCUACACAAACAAACGUGCCUUGCCUAAAGUUAAAUGAGAUCUGAAACAUUAGCAACAAAAAAGGUUGGCAUUUGUUCCUGAAGGUAAAAGUAAAAUGUUUAGUGUGAA